AUACACACAACACAAGCAUGGAGGUGGUACUCUGUAGAUGCCAAACAUUGUUGACAUUCACAGACCAAUUAGUUCAACAAAGACAUGGCUGUGUGCAACGCGAGCUUGCUGGUACCUUCCCUCCUCUCCAUCUUGAUGAUCGCCAUGGCAAGUGAUGAGGCCGCGCUGCUUGCCUUCAAGGCAGGGCUUAGCAAUUCCAGCGCGCUAGAUUCUUGGAAUGGAAGCACUGGCUUCUGCAGCUGGAAGGGCGUGACAUGUAGCCGCAAGAGGCCGACGCAGGUGGAAGGGCUGAGCCUGCCCUUCCUUGGGCUCGCCGGCACCAUCUCUCCGGCCAUAGGAAACCUCACCUUCUUACAGAUUCUCAACAUGAGCUCCAACGAGCUCUACGGCGAGAUACCACCAAGCAUUGGUCGCCUCCGACGACUGCAGACCCUCGACAUGGGGAGCAACAUGCUCUCGGGUAUGUUUCCUGCCAACCUUAGCUUCUGCACCAGCUUGACAACUCUCAUUCUCCACUACAAUCAGCUCAAUGGUCAAAUCCCAGUCGAUAUUGGCAACACUCUGCCACACCUACAGAGACUAUCGCUGAUGAACAACACUUUCACCGGGAUUAUUCCAGUGUCGCUGGCUAACCUGUCAUCACUGAGUGCCGUGUCUCUCAAGGGAAAUAGGCUCCACGGCCCAAUCCCAGAAAACCUUGGCGAACUAGCUGGCCUGCAGUUCCUCAACUUUGAGAAUAACGACCUUUCAGGAGUGAUUCCACCCUCUUUGUACAAUUUGUCGUCAUUGGUAACCUUUGCGGUUGGAGGGAACAAUCUGCAUGGCAACAUUCCUGCCGAUAUCGGAGACAAAUUUCCUAGAAUAGAAGGAUUUAGCCUUGGUGCUAACCAGUUCAGUGGAGUCAUUCCUUCUUCGAUCUCAAAUCUCACCACACUGAAAGGGUUAUGGCUCUCAAUCAACAGAUUUAGUGGUUUUGUGCCUCCUAAUCUGGGGAGGCUGCAAUCUCUUAGACGUUUGUUCCUGCAUGAGACCGAUGUUGAAGCAAACGACAAGGAAGGCUGGGAGUUCAUCACUUCAAUGGCAAACUGCAGUCAGCUGGUAACCCUACUUAUCGCCAACAACUCUUUCAGCGGAAGGCUGCCAAGUUCAAUAGUGAAUCUCUCGACAACUAUCGAGUACCUUUAUUUAGGUUACAAUAACAUCUCCGGACAUAUACCCUCAGAUAUUGGCAAUCUUGUAGGCCUUAACGUACUCGAGAUAGAGCAUACUUUCAUGUCUGGAUUGAUCCCAGAGAGCAUUGGGAAACUAGUGAACUUAGUUCAGCUAUACUUGGAAAACAAUAGCUUUUCAGGCCUCAUACCUCCUUCUAUUGGUAAUCUCACACAACUAGAAUGGCUACUUGCACCCAACAACAACUUACAAGGGCCAAUUCCAGCAAACCUUGGAAAACUGAAAUAUCUUCAGAUUCUUAAUCUGUCCAUGAAUUACAACCUGAAUGGCUCGAUUCCCAAAGAGAUUCUGGGGUUGACGUCCCUUUCUUCUUACCUAGACUUGUCAUACAACUCAUUAUCUGGACCUAUUCCUUCAGAAGUCGGUGGAUUACACAAUCUUAACAAGCUUGUUCUGUCAGGAAACCAUUUUUCUGGCGAGAUACCUGCCAGUAUUGGAAACUGCAUAGUGUUAGAAUUCUUGUUGCUGGAUAGGAACUCAUUUGAAGGAAGCAUGCCAAAGUCUUUGGGGAACAUAAAAGGGCUCCGCGUAUUGAACCUGACCAUGAACAAGUUUUCUGGUGGGAUACCUGAUACUCUUGGAAGCAUGGAUGGCCUAGAAGAAUUAUAUCUGGCACAAAACAACUUCUCAGGGCCGAUACCGUCAGUUAUUCAGAAUUUGACCAUGCUGUCAGAAAUAGAUGUAUCCUUCAACAAUUUGCAGGGUGAAGUGCCAAAAGGAGGUGUUUUCAGGAAUUUAACUUAUGUGUCAAUUGCUGGAAAUAGCAUGUUAUGUGGUGGAGUGCCUCAGCUUCACUUGGCUUCAUGCUCUAUGACCAACACAGGCAAGAAUAAAAUUGGGUGGUCGAAGUCAAUCAUAAUAGCUCUUGCAACAACAGGAUCAGUAUUGUUGCUCAUUUCACUGGUUGUCCUUACUCAUAUUUUCUGCAAGAAGGCAGGAAGACAGAAGGACCAAGAACCGCCUAUGCUUAUGGAGGAAAGAUAUCCAAGAGUCUCUUAUAAUGCAUUAUCAAUGGGAACUGAUGGAUUCUUGGAAGCAAACUUGCUUGGGAAAGGAAGAUAUGGUGCUGUCUACAAAUGCACUAUGGAUGACGAAGAUACAAGUACAACUGUGGCUGUAAAGGUGUUUAACCUUCAACAAUCAGGAUCAUCCAGGAGUUUUGACAUCGAGUGUGAAGCGUUGAGAAUAGUGCGUCACCGUUCCCUUAUAAAGGUUAUCACAUGUUGCUCGGGCGUCGACCCCCAAGGGCAAGAGUUCAAGGCGCUAGUUUUUGAGUUCAUGCCUAAUGGUAGUUUAGAAGGUUGGCUUCAUCCAGAAUCUGAAGAACUCACUUUGAGUAAUACACUCAGCCUAGGUCAGAGGCUAGAUAUUGCUGUUGAUGUUGUGGACGCAAUUGAAUACCUUCACAGCCACUGUGAGCCACCAAUCAUCCAUUGCGAUCUCAAGCCAAGCAAUAUUCUUCUUGCGGAGGAUAUGAGCGCCCGUGUUGGAGAUUUUGGCAUCUCAAAAAUACUUGGCGAAAAAAUAAUAAGUAAUCAAAAUAAUUCAAAUAGCACAGUUGGGAUAAGAGGUACCAUUGGUUAUGUUGCUCCAGAGUGUGGGGAAGGCUCUGCAGUCUCAACUGCUGGCGAUGUGUACAGCCUAGGCAUAUUGUUGCUUGAGAUGUUUACUGGAAGGAGCCCCACAGAUGACAUGUUCAGAGAUUCACUGGAUCUGCAUAAGUUUGCCGACGAUGCUCUUGGUGAGAAAACCUUGGAGAUAGCUGAUUCCACAAUUUGGCUGCAUGCAGAACCAAAGGAUGACACUGCAAGUAAUAGAAUCAAGGAUUGCUUAGUUUCCAUCUUCAGGCUCGGCAUAUCCUGCUCACAGCAACAACCCAGAGACAGAAUGCUGAUAAGAGAUGCAGCAGUAGAGAUACAUACAGUCAGAGAUGAAUACCUCAUGUUUUCAACUUAUGAAUACUUAACUUACGGCUGAAGCCACCACUUCUGCAUUUGUUUGCAUGAUCAACAAACAAUCAAGCAGAAGACAGCAUGUA